AUGAUGCAACGUGCAAUGCAUGUGCCGGCACGCAGAAGCGUGUGCACGCAACUAAAGCUCACUAACGUGGAACAAAACAUUUGCAACCUUCUCAAGGAUUAUAGCCAAGAGUAUAAUAAAAUGCACUCAAGCACGGAGCCUAUCGUGCUCCGUAUUACCGGUGGAUGGGUACGUGACAAGCUGCUUGGCUUUUUUUCCCACGACCUAGAUAUCGCUGUCAAUAACAUGUCAGGCGAGCAAUUCGCAGUCGGGCUCAGUGCGUAUCUCAGCGAGCACUAUGAGAAGUAUGGUAUCACACCACAUUCAAUUCACAAAAUUGAUAAGAAUCCGGAAAAGUCGAAACAUCUGGAAACAGCAACCACAAAGCUUUUUGGCAUUGAGAUCGAUUUCGUCAAUUUGCGAUCAGAAGAAUACACAAAUGAGUCACGAAUUCCAGUUGUCGCAUUCGGGACACCGCAGCAAGAUGCUUUGCGCCGUGACGCUACACUUAACGCCCUUUUUUACAAUAUACAAAAUGACAGCAUCGAAGAUUUCACCGGAAGUGGUCUCCAAGAUUUACAAAAUGGUGUGCUACGCACGCCCUUGCCUCCAAGACAAACGUUCCUUGAUGAUCCAUUAAGGGUUUUGAGACUGAUCAGAUUCGCCUCCAGACUGGGCUUUAUAAUUGACACCGAAACUUAUACUGCCAUGGGAGAUCCUGACAUAAAUCAAGCAUUUCAGCACAAAAUCUCUCGUGAAAGAGUUGGAGUAGAGUUACAUAAAAUUCUCCAGGGUCCUGACCCUAUGAUUGGGCUCAAAUUGAUUCAGCAAGCUAAUCUCGAAAAUGUUAUCUUUUAUUGGCAUAGUGAUCCUGCUGUCAUCGAGUAUAAUUCUCAAAAAACGGAUAUGAUUGCCGCAAAUGACGCGUAUGCUCAAUUAGGUGGUCAUAUACAUCUAGUGAUCCAAAAACUACCAACUCUCAUGAACGCUUUACCUCAACUUCAAGAGCGUUGCGAUAAUGAUCCGGUGUUCAAGCAAAACUUUAUUCUUUGUGUUAUCUUGGCUCCAUUUCGCGAUAUUCAAGUUAUAUGGAAUCCUAAGAAAAAGAUGAACAAUCGGGCUUCAAUUGUGGAAUGUAUAAUAAAAGAUGGCUUGAAAUUUGGUAAGAACGAUUCUGAGCUCGUUGCAACUUGUGUUGACACACAUUCGACAUACGAUGACAUGGUUGUCUCUUAUGAGCAGGAGUCUAGAUCUAAAAUUGGAUUAAUGCUUAGGUCUUUUAAAGGGGAGUGGGAGUUGGCUCAUUAUUCUAAUUUAGCGCUUGCAUACUGCCAGGAUGAUAAAUCUUUAUCGAGAUAUCAAAGUUUUCAUAAAUAUGUGUUUGACGAGAAGCUACAGGACUGCCAUGCUCUCAAACCGUUACUUGACGGUAAAAAGUUGACAGCUUUACUUAACCGCAAACCUGGCCCUUGGAUGAAAAGUAUAAACACAGAAAUGAUCGACUGGCAAUUGAAUAAUCCAAACCUGGGAGAGAACGAGCUUUUGGCGUUUAUUAACGAAAUACUACCCAAAUAUACGUAA